UUGAGUUAUUUCGGAAAAAUAAAUAAUUCGUGUUCAAACUAUACGAAUAUAGUUGAAAUAGAAACAUAUAAAUGUGCUUAAUUUGUAAUAUCUAUCUGAUAAUAUGUACAAUUGGUUGACUUAAAUAUUUGCAAGUUAAACCCUUGUAGUCAAUUAAUUAGGCAUAUAUUUUGUGUUAUCAGUAAUUAAUCAUUAUUAGGUGUAUUUAAUCGUUAUACAAUGUCGGCACUGUUAACUGCGGACUGGUUCCAGUUGGAUUCCUACUACAGGCGUUUGGAGAUUUACAACAUGAACUGGUCCAUGGACGAGGGCCUAGAGAACAUGAUAAUCAGUGGAGCCCCCUACGGAGGGCCCAUUGCUGUGGUGCGGGACCGGAAGCAGUUUGGCAGGAUUGCUACCACCGCCAAGCCUGUCAUAACAAUUUACAACUGUGUAGGGAAUGUAAUUUCAAAGAUUUUGUGGAACAGUGGAGUCCUGGUCCACAUGGGUUGGUCUGAUGGCGAGCAGCUGCUGUGUGUGCAGGAGAGUGGAGACGUGCUUGUGUACGACAUGUUUGGAGCCUAUCAGAAGACUUUCAAUAUGGGGCAAGAAGUUAGGGACACUAAGGUCAGCAAAGCACAGCUAUUCCCGAAUCCUCAUGGUGUGGGACUGGCUGUAAUGACCACCACCAACCGAAUGUUCCUGCUCAGCAAUAUCUCCGAGCCGAAAGUUAGGCCAGUGCCAGAUCUGCCACGGGCCAGUGAGCCAAUCACAUCGUGGUGCGUUUUAAGCGCGGGCCUACGCUCGUCAGCUGUCAUCGGCUUCCUCGUGUGUCGCAACAAGGAGAUAUACAAGUGCCAGCUGGGAGAACCCAGGCCUAUACUCAUGCGUCCAGAGAUCCGAAACCCGUACACACAAGUCCUAUGCAUCGUGCCCUCACAGAACGGGCGACACGUAGCCCUCUUCACAGACUCCGGAUUCCUAUGGAUCGGGUCUUCCGACUUCAAGAGCAAGUACGCGGAGAUCGACACCGGCUGUAUCAAGCAACCUAAAGAGCUCGUCUGGUGCGGGUCCCAAGCCGUGAUAGCGCACUGGGACGACGUGCUCUGCAUCUUCGGCUCGAAAGGCCAGAAGACCGAGUUCCCGUACGACGGGCCGUUCCAUGUCAUUCCCGAGAUGGACUGCGCUCGAGUUGUGUCGCAGUACACUCACGAGCUCAUUGAGAAAGUGCCAGUUGUUAUUGAGAAGAUAUUCAGGAUUGACAGCACGGCGCCUGGGUCAUAUUUAGUUGAAGCGUCUAAACAGUUUCAGAAACGCAGCCACCGAGCCGACGAAUACAUCCGCCUAGUAAAACCCGACCUCGCAAAAGCGGUGCAGGACUGCAUCGACGCCGCUGCCUUCGAGUUCGAGCCCGAUGUGCAGAAGAUGCUGAUACGCGCUGCUCAGUUUGGCAAGGGUUUCAUCGUCGACCAGCAGCUGACAGACCACUACGUGCGCACGUGCCGCUGGCUACGCGUGCUCAACGCCAUCCGAGACCCCAAGGUCGCCAUCCCGCUCACCUUCUACCAAGUCCAAAACCUAGGAGAACGGAUAUUACUGGACCGACUGAUCUGGCGACGGUUACACUGCCUCGCGUUACACAUCGCAGACUAUCUACAGAUGAAAGACGGGCAGACCCGCGUGCUAUCACACUGGGCCUGUUAUAAGGUGACACAACCCCACCUGGACAACGAGAGCGCCGCUCGAGAGAUCGGAGAGAAGCUACGCAACGUGCCCGGAAUCUCUUAUACCACCAUCGCCAAGAAGGCCUCCGACAAGGGGCGGAAGGCACUCGCCAUCAAGAUUCUCGAGUAUGAAAGUCACAGCAAACUCCAAGUGCCUUUACUGCUACAACUGGGCGAGGGCCCUACGGCGCUACUCAAGGCUACGGCUAGCGGCGACACAGAUCUCGUCUAUAUAGUACUGCUGCACUUGAAGGAGAAGAUGGGCAAGCACGAGUUCGAGCUGACGAUCCGCAGUUUCCCGCUAGCGCACGCACUAUACAUCAAGUACUGCGGCACGCACAACCGCGAGGCGCUGCGGAAAGUUCUAGUGCAAGAAGACGACUUCCCCGCGCAGGCCGCCGCGCACGUGCGAGACGCAUGCGGCCCCACUCCGCCGGGACAGGCGGAGGCUGCGUUGAUAUCGGCCCGGGAGUGCUAUAGGAAGGCCAAGAACGAUAUAGGAGUGGCGAUCUGCGAGGACGCCCGCAAGCUGUGCAAGCAACAGUCCAGCCUGCAGGAGACGUACGGGGAGAGCUUCGUAGGUCUUUCUCUGCACGACACCGUUAAGAAACUGCUCGAGCAGGGCGAGGUCAAGCUCGCGGACAAACUGCGCUCCGAAUACAAGAUGCCGGACAGAAGGUACUGGUGGCUGCGCAUCCUAACGCUAGCAGAGAAGGACGACUGGGAGGAGCUCGACCGCUUCUCCAAAUCCAAGAAGUCCCCCGUCGGCUACGAGCCGUUCGUGGACGCGUGCCUCAAGUACCGCAAGAACGACGAGGCGCUCAAAUACCUGCCAAGGUGCAAGGACGACAUCAGGGUCAAGUACUACGUCAAGGCUGGUUUUUACGAGGAAGCCGCGCUAGUGGCCUUCGAGCAAAGGGACCAGAACGCCCUGUUUUACGUGAAAAACAAGUGCCCGCUCAGCGAAUCCACCAAACACGAGAAAAUCUCUGCGCUACUAGAACAGCUGGCCACUAGGAAAUAACACAAGUAAAUUAUGAUGAUACAGGAAUUAUGAACGAUCUCUAUUGGUUUAAUCCCGUGAUUAUUUGGUUUCCUAUCGCCUUUUUAGUCUGUCUGCGUUAUUAGUUGCCGGACGAAAUGUAAAUAUGCUGUAGGUUGAUAGUUCCCUCCUAAUACGAUUCUAAUCUAAUGUCGAAUAUAAUCAUUCAAUAGUCAAAAUAUCUAGGUUUAAACAAAGAUGUAUGUAUAACUCUAAUUUUAAGUUAAGACUACAUUCUCAAUAUUUAUAGUAUUUUAUACGAAAUGGUAAAUAUGUAAAUAAAAUGCAAUAUUAUGGCU